GUUUUUCAUCCGCAAGUCGUACAUAGUUUAUUACUAAGGGAAGUUUUACAGCCCAAUCCUAAAGAGUUUUGGGCUAAGGUUGCUGGCCGUUGCAUACGGUUUAGUGCCGAAGAAUUUUACCUGAUUUCUGGUUUAGAUUGUUUCGGUGAUUGCAACAAGUUGUUGUUUUCACAAGAAACAAAUCAAUUAGUAGAAACAUGUUUCCGUGGUGUAAAAACUAUUGACCACAAAGCCAUCGAGGAUGCUUUUUUGGGUAGUCGGUGGGGUUUGGAUGAGUCUAUUGGUUUGAAAAUGGCUGUUUUGUAUUUCAUUCAGUGUUUUCUUCUUAGCAAUACUCCUGACAAAGAAGUGUCUAGGUUUGUUCUAGAUGUAGUUGAUAGCGGUCGGUGGGAUGAGUAUUGUUGGGGUAGGGAAUCAUUUGAAUUGACAAUUGACUCAUUCAAAGGUAGGAUCGAGCAUGGGAUCAUUAUGAAAAAUAGAAAGGCAGAGAAGGGAGGCCAAUAUGAUGGCUAGUAUAGGACAUUGGGAUGUCCUUGGGUUUUCACGGUUUGGUUUUAUGAAUGCUGUCCUGCAAUGGUGAACUCUUUCUGUAAGAGAGUUUCAUCUUCUAUUCCCAGGAUUCUGAACUGGAGCAACACCAUCGUCACCAAAAAUCCAACCCUUCGAGACUUGAAGGGCAAGAUUUUUGAUUUACCUUUGGAGAAGUUGAAGAUAAAAAACAUGCGUCCUACUGAUGAAGAGAGGCAGCAGCUUCAACUUGACGGUUUAUUUCUCGAUGAAUCUAUUGAUGACCGUGGUGUAGCGAAGCAAUCCUUCGAGGGUGGGUCAUCUUCAAAGAAGUCUGAUUCAGCAGAUAUUGAUUGGAUGAAAUCUAAGCUGGAGAUGCUCAUUUCGAAUCAAUCAUCAUUGGCCGAGGACUUCAUUUCAUUGAGGUGUUUUGUUGAUUUUAAUUUCAAAUCCGUAAUGACUGUAAUUAAGGAUAUCCAGGAGAAGGUUAAUGCCAUUCAUCGUCGUCCUUCUGAUGAGGUAUUUAUUCUUAUUUUAUUGUUUAGGUUUUUUUAUAUAUUUUUUUAAAAGUUUCUUUACUGUUUUAUUUAAGUUUCAUUUAUGUUGGUUGAUACAGGGAACGUCAUCGGAUGAAUUAGUAACUCAAGAUUCUGAUGAUGAUGCUGAUGAUGAUGAUGAUGAUGAUGCCGAGGAUGAUGAGAAGCAAUUGCCUGAUCCAGAAAAUAUUGAUUCCGACUACGACGAUGGUGGUGAGUUGGUUAAAGUUGGUGGGGAUGCUGAUGAUGCUG